CUGUUGUGUUCUGCUGUGUUGUUGCAGUAAAGGGUUUAUAAAAUGGAUAAAGAGUUGUUUCGUAAGCUUGCUUCGAAGAUUGGGAUAACAUCGAUUAAAGUGUUAAGUCAAGCAGAGGAGUACAUGCGAUUAUCCCAAGUGAAAUGUGUCGGCUUGGGUUCUGGGACUGCAACCAGCAAAGCUGUUAUUUGUCUUGAAUUGGCAGCGACUGCAAUGAAGUUUCCUCUGGACAAGGAGUAUGCCAUCAAACUGUCUGGACUGAAUCCUAAGGUCUACUCCAGCAAUUUGAAGACUAUGGAGUGCAUGCUGGGCCUGCAGUCAAACCUGGGUCUCCGAGAUCUAGCAGUCCAGUUUGGGUGUUUAGAAGCAGUUAAAGUGGCUUCUCAAAUCCUUCAGCGGUAUGAGACCAGUUUGCCUGCAGCUCAGCAGCAAGAUCUUGACUUGACGAAGCCUCUCUUUACCACAGCGGCUCUGUAUACAGCAUGCAAGUGCAUGAAAAUCAGAACUGACAGGAAAUUAGCCUCUUCAUCUGGAGCCAAGAAGAGCAUCUUUGACCGGCUCUGUGCACAGUUUCAGAAAUUUGGACAGGAGAUCUGCAAUGAGGCUUCGUCUUUGGAGAAACCAGUCAAAGGCACUCAAAAGAGGCAGAAGACACUCACUGAAAUGCUGGAAAUGGAAGAUGAUGAUAAACCUCUGACGUCUCCCAAGCAAGAGCGGGUUGAGAAGACUGAGGAGGAGGAGACUCACCACUAUGAGGAGUGGAAGAGAAAAAUCCUGGAAAAUGCAUUAAAAGCAAAAGCUGUAGAUUCCUGAAGUAUGUACAGUUUUAUAUUUUCUUUUUAUUUAAUUGUGGACUUUCAUAAUAUCUGGAAGAUCUCACUUGGAGCUGAAUUCUGUAUUCUACCAAGAGAAGUUGUAUGCCCCCUUCUGGCUGCUUGAGUGAAAUUUUUACCCACAUACAGACAUUACUAGAAUAAUUAUGGCACUUUUUAUUGUAGUUUUGUUUUAAUGCCAUUUUACCAUUGCAAAAGAGUUUCUGAUUGAUUUUUUUAUAAUGUGGUAAGAUGUUUAAUCCUCAUUUAUAUAAUGUAUUACAAAUGGCAGCAUUUUAUCAUAGCUCAUUUAGCAUGUCAGAAUGAAACUGUUGAAUCCAUUACGGAUUGGAUGAUUUACCUGGUUUUAAUCUAAGCUCAUUUCUCAGUGUUCUGUUGUAUUGCUUUGGGUCGCUGUAAUUCGUUAUACUCGUCAAAGGAGGAGUAUAACGACUCAAGGUCAACUGGAAGGGUUUUAUUCGUUUGUUUUAAUAAGACAUGACUCAUUUGCUUCCAUUUGGAUUUUAAUGUGAAUAAAAUGGGUGUUCUUGACACAA